CCGGAGACCCGCCUUUACCUCCUGGAGCUGGGAGAGCCGCGUGCUCGUUAGCGGGGACUUCGGCCCAGACCGUGAGCCCCAAACUCUUCCCGCCUCAGGGGUCCAGGCUGGCUGGCAGGGGCCACCGUGACGUGGCGAGGACACCUGACUAAGCUGCUGACCACACCGUAUGAGCGGCAGGAGGGCUGGCAGCUGGCGGCCUCGCGGUUCCAAGGGACACUGUACCUAAGUGAGGUGGAGACCCCGGCGGCCCGGGCGCAGAGGCUCGCCAGGCCGCCCCUCCUCCGGGAGCUCAUGUACAUGGGCUACAAAUUUGAGCAGUACAUGUGUGCAGACAAACCCGGAGGCUCCCCAGACCCCUCUGGGGAGGUUAACACCAACGUGGCCUUCUGCUCUGUGCUACGCAGCCGCCUGGGGAACCACCCCCUGCUCUUCUCCGGAGAGGUGGACUGCGUGAACCCCCAGGCCGCGUCCACACAGCCUCCAGCCUGCUAUGUGGAACUCAAGACCUCCAAGGAGAUGCACAGCCCUGGCCAGUGGAGGAGCUUCUACAGGCACAAGCUCCUGAAAUGGUGGGCCCAGUCGUUCCUCCCAGGGGUCCCACAUGUCGUCGCUGGCUUCCGGAACCCAGAGGGUUUCGUCUGUUCCUUAAAGACCUUCCCUACCAUGGAGAUGUUUGAAAACGUGAGGCACGACCGGGAUGGCUGGAACCCCUCUGUGUGCAUGAACUUCUGUGCUGCCUUCCUUAGCUUCGCCCAGAGCACAGUAGUCCAGGACGACCCCAGGCUUGUCCACCUCUUCUCCUGGGAACCUGGUGGCCCGGUCACUGUGUCUGUCCAUCGGGAUGCGCCCUAUGCCUUCCUGCCCACAUGGUAUGUGGAAGCUAUGACUCAAGACCUCCCGCCACUCUCAACGACUCCCUCCCCCAAGGACUGAUGCUUUGGAGGACACACCAUCGGGGUCUCUGCAGAUAAUAAAAGCGUGUUUCUAAGCAGGUGUCUUGCUGUAUCUGAAUACAAGUCAUCCCUGCCCGUGCUCCAA